UUUUAAUUAUCCUUUACCGUUGGCGUCAAAAAACUGUCACACAAUUAAUCCUGACAGCGGAAAAUUUUCACAGCGAAAAAAAAGGAAACCCUCCACCAUAAUUCGAGCGUGGGCGUACAUUGCGCUGGCCACUCUCGAGUGGGUCCUCGAGCGAUGCUUUUCAUCAUCUUCAUCGCGCCAAGCUUGCAAAAUGGGUGGAGGGGAAAAUCCGACAAGGACAAGUGCCACAAAAUUCGACAGCUUUUUCACUUUGUUGGAAUCCUUGUUCUAAGUUUGGCCAGACUCUACAAAGCGUCUCUUGGGUAUACCGAUGGAAAGCCACCACCCACCCUUAAAGACGAAAUUAGGUGAUAAAACACAAACCAUUAUCAUUGACGCGAUCAUCGGUUCGUCACUUCAACCAUUGCAAUAUUUCAAGUGGCGUUCAGGGACUUGACGAUACAUUUGUGACACAACGAAAAACCUUCGCCAAUUAUGAAUAUUUAUGAUUUAGUAGAGAGUAUUGCAUGGUGGAGACCACCACGAGCCACAGUUGUUCUAAUAUUGGUCUUUGAUUACAAUGCUCCCUUGAAGUUUGAAGUCGUUCGAAAGCAAUAAAAGUGAACAGUUUAGAAUCGAGACGUUCAUUUCUCAAUUUGACGCGAUGACUUAUCUACUGUUGGUCUGGAGUACCAUUCUGGUUUCGGUGAGUGUGGCGACUGGAAGACUUUCCAAUAUCACGAUUUCUAUCGGAAAUCGUUACAAUACGCAAGUUGGAGCGACCGACAUGGGCACCAAUAUCACGGGAUUGACAAUAACUCUUUCGAGAUGGUCUGGUAAGGUAUCCCUCGCCGGUAGUGGAAACCAAAUUGAGGUAUCCAGUUCGGGCAACGAUUCCACCACGAUCCGCGUGGAAUUUGGACAACAUCUCACCAAGUUGAACGAAUCCAGCAGUUACGUUGAGCUUCCUGCACCAAUUGAACCCACCAACAAUACCAUUCCAAGCCGCAGGAAGCGAGAAACGGGAUUCCUCCCGAUACUUCCAGUGACUGCUGCGCCCUUCGUCCCUUCGGUUCCGGCAGCUCCCGCAAUUCCAAUACCCACGAUGAACAGCAACUACAUCUCCAUCGGUGGCAAGCUCGUCGCUUUGCCGGAGUCCAUCACCAAACUCACCGUCAACAGCUCCUCCAUCGCCACCGCUUCGGCAGUCCAAAGCAAUACCAUGCAACAGCCGUGGCAGUUCCUCCAGACAUUGAUGGAACGGCGACCAUCGAAGAUACUAGACCCCGUCGUGGACUUCCUCGCCACAAGCUACCUCUCAACGGGCAAAGUAAUGGUCGACAGCGCGCUGUCCGCGCUCAACACAACCGAGGCCUUCUUCUACAACAUUGCCAACUCCACACUGAACUUUGCUACGGAUCAGGUUUCGCUCGGUCUUCAGGGCGUCACGCGGUCCUUCAAUGACCUGACCCAGCUGAAGCGAACCUGCGUCGGCGGAGCUCCCGAGGACGCCGGCCGCCGAGUAAUGGAAAAGGCGACCGGAUGCGUUCGCGAACGGCUGGACGAGGUGAUUGGGAUUGUGGACCAGUUCCGUACCAACGUUGAGGCUACCGAAGGCGUGUUCAGCGGAUGGCUGAUAGAGAUGCAGAAGUGCAACGCUAAGAAUUUUCCAACUUUGGCAGACGCGGAGCUGGAUGCCGCUCAGCGAAAGUGUUACGCAGAGGCUCUAGUAAGUCCAACCGGCAAGAUCGUUGACAUCCCUCUGCGUUGGACAACUUUGGCGUCACGAACCAGCACCGCCGUAACCACCUUCAAGGCGCAGCUUGGACUCUGCGCCGGGAAGGUGAUCAUGGAGGUUGCCGCUGUAGCGAACGAGCUCGGCUCCAAAAUCACGUCCUGCGCGUUACGGCUGAUAAUCUAAAGCAAAAAAUAAACCUACUCCCCAAACC